AUGUCUAAUCGAAAGUCCGGAUUUGAAGGAUUCGGCAUAAAUCGGCAAACUACCUACAGUUUCGAGCGGUCUAAAGCACCGCAACGUCUCUACGUCCCUCCGUCCUCUCGCGGCGGAGAUAACUCCGAAGAUGCCGAUCUAGAUAAUAUUGAUUUCUUAGAAAACGAAGAGGCUGAAGAAGACGUUGAGAACGGCGGCUCUGCAGCAGCGGAUAAUGGUGGAGGUGAUGAUGAGAUCGAUCCACUGGACGCCUUUAUGGAGGGAAUCCACGAGGAAGUGAAGGCUGCUCCACCUCCUAAGCCAAACAAGAAAUUGGAGAGGUUCAUGGACGACGAAGAUGACGAUCCUGUCGAGAGUUUCCUGAAGGCGAAGAAGGAUUUGGGCCUCACACUAGCAGCGGACGCUCUCAACGCAGGUUAUAACUCCGACGAGGAGGUGUACGCUGCAGCCAAGGCGGUAGAUGCUGGCAUGCUGGAUUACGAUUCCGAUGACAAUCCGAUCGUCGUGGAUAAAAGAAAGAUCGAGCCAAUUCAAGCUCUGGAUCAUAGCUCCGUCGAUUACGAACCGAUUAAUAAAGACUUCUACGAGGAGGUGGAAUCAAUAUCGCGAAUGAGUGAACAAGAAACUUUGGAUUACCGUCAGAGUUUGGGAAUCCGUGUGUCGGGUUUUGAUGUUCCUCGGCCAGUGAAGACCUUUGAGGAUUGUGGAUUUUCCUCACAGAUCAUGAGUGCUAUAAAAAAGCAAGCUUACGAAAAACCCACAACCAUCCAGCGUCAGGCUUUACCAAUCGUCCUAUCUGGUCGAGAUGUUAUUGGCAUAGCCAAAACUGGUUCAGGGAAGACGGCAGCUUUUGUUCUUCCCAUGAUUGUACAUAUUAUGGAUCAGCCAGAACUUCGGAAAGACGAAGGUCCAAUUGGUGUCAUAUGUGCCCCAACCAGAGAACUGGCCCAUCAGAUAUUCUUGGAAGCGAAGAAAUUCUCUAAAGCAUAUGGCCUACGAGUCUCCGCUGUGUAUGGUGGAAUGUCUAAACAUGAACAGUUUAAGGAACUCAAGGCAGGAUGCGAGAUAGUUGUUGCUACUCCUGGAAGGUUGAUAGACAUGCUAAAGAUGAAGGCUUUGACGAUGAUGAGAGCCACGUAUUUGGUUCUUGACGAGGCUGAUCGGAUGUUUGAUCUCGGUUUUGAGCCACAGGUCAGGUCUAUCGUUGGCCAGAUCCGUCCAGAUCGCCAGACUUUACUCUUUUCAGCAACUAUGCCGUGGAAAGUUGAAAAGUUAGCCAGGGAAAUCCUUUCAGAUCCCAUUAGAGUCACUGUUGGUGAGGUUGGGAUGGCCAAUGAAGAUAUUACACAAGUUGUCAAUGUGAUACCGUCAGAUUCUGAAAAACUUCCUUGGCUACUUGAGAAGCUACCUCGAAUGAUUGAUGAUGGUGACGUAUUAGUGUUUGCUUCUAAAAAAGCCACGGUUGAUGAGAUUGAAGCUCAGCUUACUCUAAAUGGUUUCAAAGUUGCUGCCCUUCACGGUGAUAAGGACCAGGCAUCGCGAAUGGAGACUUUGCAGAAGUUCAAAUCUGGAAUCUACCAUGUGCUAAUCGCGACCGAUGUUGCUGCUCGAGGUCUCGACAUCAAAUCGCUUAAGACAGUGGUUAACUACGACAUUGCAAAAGACAUGGACAUGCAUGUACAUCGUAUUGGCAGAACAGGACGUGCUGGGGACAAAGACGGGGUUGCCUACACACUUGUUACGCAGAGAGAGGCUAGAUUUGCUGGUGAAUUGAUAAACAGUCUGGUUGCUGCUGGUCAGAAUGUCCCUCCAGAACUCAUGGAUCUCGCCAUGAAGGAUGGACGGUUCAAGUCCAAGCGCGACGGAAGAAAAGGAGGUGGGAAGAAAGGUCGAGGACGAGGUGGAGGAGGAGGUGGAAGUAGAGGAGUACGAGGAGUUGAUUUUGGUCUUGGUAUUGGGUUCAACUCAGGAUCAAGUGGGACACCGUCUCAAGCUGCACCAAGUAGAAGCGGGGCGAUCAAUUCCGUGAGAACCGGAGUAAUGGCCCAAUUCAAGAAUAGCUUUGUGGCUGCUACGCCAUCGAACCCACAAAGCCAGGCUUAUCCGAACAAGAGACCAUCCCUAAUGGGAUUUGUCUCAGGUGGGACCAUUGGUGGGGACAUGGGUAGAACUCAGAGUCAAACGCCCCCAGCAGCAACUCCUACUAAUAACGCUUCAUUACAUAACUCAAGUCAGAAGAAUCCACAGAGUUCUGAAGGUCGACCAAGAGAGAGGAAAAGAAAAUCUGGUUGGGAUAAUUGA